UUUUGUGUUGAGCUGAAAUUCCACUCCAAUUUUGAGAAGAAAAAAAAGGAGUAAUUGGUGAUCGGAAUGGAAGGGGUAGAAGGAGAAGGGAGCGGCGGCGGUGGUGGCCAGAGGUACAGUUUGAAAGCGUCGCGAAUCAACAACGAAGAUAUUCUGAUGUGCGUGGAUGUGGAUCCUCAGUGCCUGGUUGAGAUGAAGUUUUCCGGCGCCAAUGGCAGGCCCCUCACCCGAUUGGACUCUAUUAGACAAGCCAUCGUUCUCUUCGUCAACGCCAAGCUCGCCAUCAACCCCGAACACCGCUUUGCUUUCGCCACUCUCUCUAAUUCCAUCUCUUGGCUUAGAAAAGAGUUUAGCAGUGAAAUUGAGUCAACAAUUGCAGCAGUGAGGGCGCUUUCGGCUACUUCCUCAACCACUUCUCAACCGGAUCUUACUAACUUGUUCCGACUUGCUGCUCAUGAAGCUAAGAAAUCCCGCAUGCAGGGUCGCAUUCUAAGAGUGAUUCUAUUCUACUGCAGAUCAAAUAUACGGCCGCAGCAUCAAUGGCCGGUGAACCAGAAGGUCUUCACUUUGGAUGUGAUGUACCUUCAUGACAAACCAGGACCAGACAACUGUCCCCAGGAGGUGUAUGAUACACUGGUGGAAGCUCUUGAACAUGUUAGUGAAUAUGAGGGUUACAUAUUGGAGAGUGGGCAAGGCUUGGCGCGCGUUCUUUUCCGGCACGUUUUGGUACUUUUGUCACAUCCGCAGCAGCGCUGCAUCCAAGAGUAUCUUGACAUACCUAAGUCACUUACAAAGAAGGCUCCUCAGCCAGAGCCUAUGGCUACUGAAGAUAGUGUACCAGGAUCCAGUCAGUGAGAAUGGCAUUCAACAACUUGGUUCUAUCAUGUCACUUAUUCUAGUUAUUUAUUGCCUUUGUGUAAAGGUUUCUUGUAUCUCCAAAAAGGAUAUUUGAUUUUGUUAGAGUAACAUGGACAUGUAUGACUCUGGUAACUUUCUGUAAAAUAUGCAUUUUAAUUACCUGAAAAUUUUCAUGGAUUGUAAGUUACCUAGUUGCACUUUCCUUGUGAAAAUUUCUCCCCAGGGCAUGACUAAGUCUUGGCUUGGCUUCUGGAGGUGCAAAUUUUUUGCCUUAGUCACUGAUGUAAAUAAAUUUGCUUUAUUCUGUAUUUA